AUGAGAGCUUAUCUAGGGGAUAAAGAACUUGCACAAUUACCUACAAAAAAGAUGUACGAUAUAUUCGAUAAAGCAGCUAGUACUUCCAACUGUUCUUCUAUUGACACAAAUGUAAAGAAUCUUGAAAAAAGUAAUCCUGGGAUUGAAAAGGUUUCCGACAGAAUACAUAAAGCUUUAUGUUAUGUUUAUAAUGAAAAUGAGGCAAAUAAAUUUGAUGAACCUAAAUGUGAUUAUCUGUACUUUUGGUUAGGCGAUGUAGUACAUAGUAAUUUAUCAAAUAGUAUGUUCUUUAAUACUGUUAUGGAUACGAUUAAACAUUUUCUGCAAAAUAGUAAGGGUCAGAGCAUAUGUAAUUAUAGUAAUUAUAAUAAUUAUAAUAUAAAUGAAAAUGAUUUUAUGGAUAUUAAGAUAUUAUUUGAUUAUACAAAAGAUUAUGUUCACAUAAAAAAUGAUUUAGACAAGUAUGAUAAGUACUGUAAUCGUGAAUAUAAGGAUCUUCUUGGUAAAUAUACGACAGUAUAUAAUAAGAUAAAGGAUGUAUGCGAAAAAUAUAGAAAUAAAUAUUCAUAUUGCAAUGAUUUUAAUGAAUAUUUAAAAGAAAGCAAGAGAUGGGAAUUAUCUAACACGGCAUGUACGGAAGUGGUAAAUCAACAUGAAAUUGAAAAAAUACUAAAAGAACAACAAAUGUCGAAGGAAUAUAAUAUGAAUCAAGAGGGUUAUCCUCAUGCAAAUAAAAAAAAAUUAGAAUAUUUAAUUUCAAAUAAUCCUUCAGCUA